AUGAAAAAUUUAAUUGUCUUAAUUUUAAUAUUUGGUUUAGCUUGUUCUCAACAGUACUAAACAAAAUACUUUGAUUAACUGGUUGAUCACAUCGGCUUUGAAACAGGAGACAAAACUUUCAAGCAAAAAUAUCUUAUUAAAGAUGAUUAUUACAGAUAUGAUAAAGGUCCUAUAUUAUUUUACUGCGGUAAUGAAGCUCCUGUAGAUUUUUCUUUCGGUGGUGCAGGCUUUAUGCACACUACGCUUGCUUAAGAACUCAAUGCUUUAGUUGUUUUUAUGGAACACAGAUAUUUUGGCGAGUCUCAGCCCUUCGGAACAGAAAAAGAAUCUUUUAAGAAAGGAAAUAAUAAAUACCUAACUAGUUUUUAAGCAAUAAAUGAUUAUGCUAAAUUUUUAGUUUGGUUUAAGAAAAGUUUAGGUUGUGGAGAUGAUGAGUGCCCAGUUGUUGCUUUUGGAGCAUCUUAUGGUGGUAUGCUUUCAGCCUGGAUUAGAAUGAAAUUCCCAGAAAUCAUUGAUGUAAGCUUAGCCAGCUCAGCUCCUAUCUUCUUGUAUGAAAAUAGAGAGGGUAUAGAUGAGACUCUUUUCUAUAAGAUUGUUACUGACACCUACGAAUAAAAUGGUUGUAAUACAUAAAUUCACAGAGCUAUGAACAUUUUAACUGACUUGAUAAAUUCUCCUGUUCCAUCUUUCUUAUUUAAAAUAUAAAAUAAAAAAAUUUUAAAUGAAAUAAAUGAAGGGAUGAAAACUUGUAAACCUAUUACAGAUUAAGACAAUUUAGAUGUUCUAAGGUCUUACAUAGAUUAAGCAUAUAGUUAUAUGAGUAUGUUUAAUUAUCCACAAGAAGGCCAUUUUGUUUCAAAGAUGCCUGCUUGGCCUGCAAAUUAUUCUUGUACUCCGUUUGAAGCUAUUAAUGAUAAGUCAACUAUUAGUUAACUCUUCUAGGCUGUAAAAAAGUCUGUUGAUGUUUAUUAUGAUUUUGAAGAAUAAAAAGAAUGUACUAAUUUUAACACAGGUUCUACUGGAGAAAUUAAUACAAGUGCAUAUGAGAUUCUUACAUGUGCAGAUAUUGUUUAGCCUAUUCACCCUAAUGGUGUUACAGAUAUGUUUUACGAUUAACCAUGGGAUAAAGAUUCAUAUUAGCAAUAUUGUUAAGAAACUUUUGGAUUAACUCCUAAUUAUGACUAUGUCUUAAAUUUUUAUGGUGGUAAAAACGAUGAAGAAAUGAAGUAAUUCACUAGAAUUAUUUUCUCAAACGGUUUACUUGACCCUUGGUAAAGUGGAUCCCCAACAAAGUAUAUUAGCGACGAUUUACCUAUUAUCAAUAUGUACGCAGCUGCUCAUUGUAGUGAUCUUCGCUUACCUUAAAAUGGAGAUGUAGAAAGUGUGAUCUAAGCCAGAAUACAAGAAGAAAAAUAUAUAAAGCAGUGGAUUCAAGAAAAGUUACCCACAGAAUACUUUACUAAAAAAUCCUAAAUUUGA